GGUUUCUGUGUAAGAGGGCGUGCCCUCUGUUUGGGAGUGACCUGAACAGCGUAAGGGGCGUGGUUUCUGUCUAAGAGGGCUGGGGGUUCUGUUUGGGCGUGGCCUGAGCAGUGUAUGGGGCUGUGGUAUUUGUGUAAGAGAGCCAGGUCUCUGUUUGGGCGUGGCCGGGACAGUGAAGAGGGAGGUGUGUUUUCCGUAUAAGAGGGCGUGGUCUCUGUUUUGGAGUUUCUGGGUGAGUCACCAGUUUCAGUUUAAGCUUUUUAUUGGUAAAAAUGGUACAUCAGCGUUUUAACGUUCUGCUUAAAAUGAUAAAUAUGAAAUACUUUAAUAAAAAGGCUGUAAUUUUUUUUAGACAAAGUGGUACAGUACCAGAGAAGUCACAUUAUAAUGGAAGCCUAUUUCCACCACCUAAAAAUAUCUAUUUUUUUUAUCAUGCUGUUCUGACAUACCUAGUAUUUCUACUAAGAAAUAGUUUUAAGGUACUAUCCCAUUAUUUUGAGAUACUAUCUCAUUAUUUUGAGAUGUUUUAAUUACCUACUGAUUAUUUUAAAGUACUAUCUUAUUAUUUUGAGAUAUCUAAUUUUUGAAGAUAUUAUUUAAUUGUUACAUACUAAGUCAGAAUUUUGAGAUUUCGAGGAGAAAUUGAAGGCAAAAUGUAUAUGUCAAAAUAGCGACUAAAUUAGUAUAAAUAAUUAGAUAGCAAAUUAUGUUAUAAUUUGAAAUAUUUACUACAGGUGACGGGAAUGUACAUUUCAAUUGUCAAAGACUAUGGGAUGAUGAGGAUUUUGGUAGUUAAACCAAUAAAUAAACCAUAUAAAUAAAUACUCAAUCUCCUGACCCAUUAGCACCAGAUUGCUAUUAGUAUAAGAACACUAAGUUUGCAAAGGUUUAUAUUGAAAAAAGAAGCACAUGGCCUUGGAGGAAAUGUACGUUUGUUUAAGGAGACAGCAACAGAACUUGUGGGCAGUUCCCAUCUACAGGGCUAUCAGUGGGUACAUGUCCAACUGAUAUUUUUUUGGCCCUAAUACGCUGUCGUAAAAUGAUGUCAAAUCACUAAUACUGUUAAAGAUAUGGCUCAUUUCAUUUUAGCUUUUACAGUUAAGGAACAGUAUUUGUGUACCAAAAUAGUACUUAUUCUUUUAACACUCCACUGUCAGUCAGUGUUUACUACAGUGUUUACAAUAUUUAACAGUACAGUCAAAUUGUGUUUUCAUACACUGAGUACACUAAAAUAUUAUAUACCCAUUUGUCUAUGUUUGUGGUGUGGAUUAUAAGCAAACGACAAUAUGCAAAGAUCAUAAAGACAAUAGGCACUAGGACAAUAAAUGUUUAUUUGUGUACACAUGUGAAUACAUAUUGUCUGUGGCUCUAAAAGAAAUCACAGAGUAAGGGUUGCUUGUUCACUUAUGGUGGCCAUUCCCAGUAUUAUAUAAGGGACAUAUAAGGCAUUUGGUGCUCUUCCAAAUGAAUUUGAUGUAUUUAAUGUAAAGUUAUAUCUGUCUGUUCCGUGCUGAAGUCUAAAGUAGGAGUCGCUCCACACUCUACACUAUCCAAAACUCCCUCAGAAAUUUUGGUAUUUUUAUGGCCUGUGGUCAGGCCAUCCUCUCAAUCUAAAUUAGCACUUUGUCUCAUCUCAUGAACUCCACUAACAGUGCAGGCAGUUUCAGAAAGAGCUACAGAGUCGCACGAUGAAGACCUGCAGAGUCUUAGUUUUAGUUUUUCUAAAUUUCUAUGCAAUAAAUGCCAAUCCAAACGACAAAUUCUUCCCUUUUGGAAUAUCUGAGGGAGAUGCAGCUCUACAGACGGGUGAUGAUGAAGUGUCCCAGCCGCUGAAACUUAAAAGGCCUCUGCAGUUUUACGACACGCAGUUCAACGUUGUUUACGUGGGCACCAAUGGGCUUCUGUCCUCUCAGCCUCCCCCUAAAGAAGAUCAAUAUUUGAGCAGCGGGUUUCCUCUGAGCUUCCCGGCUGUUGCACCGUUUCUGGUGGAUGUUGACACCAGUGUGGGAAGAGGAUCUGUGUACUAUCGCUCUGACAGCUCAUUCAGCUCGCUGACUCGGGCGACUCAGGCCAUUCAGCAGGCCUUUCCUGGGAGCCAGUUUAGACCCACUCACUUGGUCAUCAGCACAUGGGAUCAUGUGGCCUGUUUUAAGGAAGAUGCAUCAAAAGGAUAUUGGGUAAGCAGCUUCCAAGUCAUUUUGGCAGGAAAUAAGACAGACACUUUCGCACUAUUCCUGUAUGCUGAUAAUGGCACGCAGUCAUCUGAAAACAGUCGUGACGUCAUGGGUGCAGAAGCUGAGCUUGGGGUUCUUGCAGGCUUCAGCAGGGGAGACACGUCCGUCACAGAUGAACUCUACCACAACCUGUACAGCUCGAUGGAAAGUGCCAGCAAACUCUUUCAGGAGGGAAACUCGGGUAUUAAAGGCUUGUGGAUUUUCCAUAUUGGAAGCAGCCGCUACUCUUUCCAGAAGAUAAUAGGUGCUGCUGGUCCACUGGCCGAGAGCACUGAGAAACCCAUCACCACAACACCCAUUCAGGACCAUAAUAUCCCGGAAGAACACAAUACAGUCACACCUGCACUCAUCAGAGAUGAAGCUGAAACUACCCCAGUGCCCCCAGUAAACGGCAGCGCAUCCCCCAGCCUGUGCGGCUCAAUCCUGCUGGACUGCUCCCAAGACGGCUACUGCACUGACUUCCCCCGCGGACCCUGCUGCCUCUGUCGCUCUGGAUAUUACGGCAAUGGCAGACAGUGUUUACCCAUGGGUGUGUCUCAGCGUCUGAAUGGAAAGCUGAGUGGUCACGUGUCUGUCGGAGCUGUUGAUGUUCAGGUAGACAAGGCGGAUGUCCACGGCUAUGCUGUGCCGGGGGAAGGCAGAGUUUACGUCUCUAUCAGUCCCAUCCCUCCGCAGGUUGGGUGGGCUCUCAUGGCCGUCAGUCCACUGGUCUCCACAUUUGGCUGGCUGUUUGCCCUCACUGUGCAAAACCAUCAAAACGGCUUCAGUAUUACUGGUGCUGAGUUUUCACACAGGGCAGAAAUGACAUUCUAUCCAGGGAAUCUUCGCUUAAACAUCACUCAGCAGGCUCGGGGCAUGGACUAUCUCAACCACCUGAAAAUGGAGGUUCAUGUCAGCGGAAACUUACCCAGCAUUCCCAGUGGAGCUAAAGUUCAGUUCCAGCCUUUUAAGGAGACACUUCAUUACAAUCAGUCAGGUGACCCUGUAAUAACAUCAUCCAGUCUGCAUCAGUACAUGGUGGUGUCAGAGAAUGGCGGUUCUGAGACGUUCUCCUAUCUGCUACAUCAGAACAUCAGUAUACAGGGGUGUGAGAAUGCUCCACUCACCAUCCCCGACUUCCAUCAGCUGAGUGUGGAGCAUGUCAUGGUUAUGUACAGCAGUGAAGGAAGCAUUCUUAAAUACUCCAUUAUUAACACUGUGGGACCUGUGGGAGGUGAGCUGCCAGAUCUGGUGGAGCUGAAUCCGUGUCAGUCAGGGAAACAUUACUGUGACCCCAUGGCCCUGUGUCUGCCGGGAGAGGGGCUGCAGUACCACUGCCAGUGUGCCAUGGGCUUCAGAGGCGAUGGAAGGAACUGCUAUGAUGUGGAUGAGUGCACUGAGGGUCUGAGUUCCUGUGGUCCUCAUUCAGAGUGUGUGAACAUGCCCGGCAGCCACCACUGCCUGUGUGAAGCAGGCUACGAGUUUGAUUUCGACUGGAAAGUGUGUGUGGAUAUUGACGAGUGUGUGCUGAAGCUGUGUCACCCAUUGGCUUCCUGCUCCAACACGCUUGGUUCCUUCCACUGCCGCUGCUGGCCUGGCUAUGAGGGGGACGGCUUCCUGUGCCAACCACAGAAGCAGGUGGAGCUGGUCAUGUCAGUGUGUGAGCGCCACAGAGACAGUCUGUUGAAGGGUCUGCAGAGUUGGGGGGGUGACGCCAUGCUGCAGGAUUACAUCCCUCAGUGUGAUGAGAAGGGCCAGUACAAACCACUGCAAUGUCUGGGAUCAACUGGACACUGCUGGUGCGUGGACAGCAGGGGGCAGGAGAGAGUAGGAACACGGACGCUGCCGGGGACAGCACAUGCUAACUGCGACCAACCAGCCCCUCUGGUCCCGAGGGCGGAGACGUUGUGCGAGCGCUGGAGGACCACUCUACUGAGUCACUAUGGUGGCCAGCCUGACCCUCAGGACUACGUGCCCCAGUGUGACGCACGUGGACACUUCCUAUCUGUGCAGUGCUACGGCAACAGCAGCUACUGCUGGUGUGUGGAUUCCCAGGGCCGGGAGGUGAUGGGAACACGAUCGCAUGAUGCAGUAAAACCUGCCUGUAUCUCGUCUGUCCCGUUGGUGGUUCAGUCAUCAGUAUAUCCAGUAGUGACCUCUUCACCCUCAGGACCAGCACUUCUUUUUGCCCACGGAUCAGAAAUCCAAGUAAUUCCUUUGGAUGAUUCCCAUCCAGUCCAGGGAAAGUCCGCUGUGCUGCUGUCUGAACAUGACUCUGUGGUGGUUGGGAUUAGCUUUGACUGCCAGGAAAACACUCUGUACUGGAGCGACAUGGCCAGACGCUCCAUUAGCAAAGUCAGUUUAGUGUUUGGUGCAGAGCCAGUCACCAUCAUACACACAGAUGUGGUCACUCCGGAGGGUGUCGCGGUGGAUGCUGUUCACAGACUGCUGUUCUGGGUGGACAGUGGAAGUGACCAGAUCGAGGUGGCUGAUUUAAACGGCCAAAACCGGAAAGUUCUUUUUGACACUGGCCUGGUCAAUCCAAGGGCCAUCACAGUGGACUUCACCAGCAGUACUCUGUUCUGGACGGAUUGGGACCGUGAUGACCCCAGAAUCGAGAGUUCCUCUCUGGAUGGCCUUCGCAGAAAAGUGUUGGUUGGUAAAGGACUCAAACUGCCCAAUGCCUUGACCCUGGACCCUGUAACACACCAGCUGUGUUGGGCAGAUGCAGGCACAAAGAAACUGGAGUGUGUGGCUGCAGAUGGAACAAAAAGGCAGGAGAUAAACAGUGAACUUAACUACCCGUUCAGUCUGACCGUUUAUAACGAACACAUCUACUACACUGACUGGGAGAGAGAUGGAAUAAUGGUCAUCAACAAAGUAACCGGAAAUCAUACAGAAUAUCUCCCUGUGGCAAAAGACAAUCUGUAUGGAAUUACACUCAUCCCCUCACAGUGUCUGUAGGUGAGUGCCCUGUGAAAGAAGUCCUCAGCAGUGCAGAGCAAAGUUUUUCUUUCUUUGUGGAGAUUUAAUAAAGCUUUAUUUUAAAACAUGUAUUAAUUAAAAGCAGAUGUCCAACAAUUAUUUACAUCUAAUUAUCAGCAAAGAGCUUUCAUACAAGAUCCUCAGAUCAGGUGUUUUUUCCAGCAGAUGGCGCCACUAACCCAGAGAUAAUCUCUAUCGCGUGGCUCACAUAUAUGUCUAGUUGUAUGUAGAGUUCCCAAACAUAUAAUUCAAUAGAUGCUUAAUGACAGCAGUAAAUAUAACCUUCCAAAAAACG